CCACAAGACGCCAUGAAGGAUUUGCACCUGUCCCGGCUGAGUCGGGGGUGUGGCCGAUUUGUGGCGUCGAAAGGAAGCGAGGGGAGACGCGGGGGACGGGUGGACGUCUGCUUCACACCGCAGGAUUUCCACACCUGGAAGUCCCAGGACUCCCUGCUGCGUCUAUCCAACAGCGGGCGUCUGCUGACGGAGGCCGAGUCGGCCCUUCCAAAGACCUACAGCACCCGAAGGGGGCAGCUUCUGCUCUACUCCCAGAACUCGGCUUCUUUGGAGAGCAGUUGUCCCUCAGAGACCAGAGACAGGAAGCGGAGGGUCGUCCGCCGCCACACUCAAAAAGUGGAAGGGCCGCUGAGUGGCGCCACGGAGCUAUCGGCUGCCAUUUUGAGCCACAGCAACACUCGGUUCACCACCUCCAGACCGGGCCCACACGUCUUUCCUCCUCUUGGCCCCCCCCUUGCUCCGGACCUCCGUCGUCCCAGUCCUGCAUCGGCCACGACUCGAGAGCAGUCCAGUCCAGGGUUCCCGGCACAUUUGACCCUCCAGCGGCUUCCCGCGGAGAGACGCUCUGCACGGACGGAGAAUCUCCCUGAAGAGCCUCCUCCAGUGGGAGAGUCGGGUCGGGUUGCGGGGCGGAGAGGCCCGGGCAAACAGAACCUCCAGGAUCCCCGUGAGCCCAGCCGCGCUAACGGAGGCGCGGUCAGGGGCGUUCUGCCUCUGGAGCUCAGAGAUCUACAGAACGAGGCCUCCCUCUUGGGUCCUGACGGGGAGAUCAUACAGCUCUCGCUGCUCGGCCACGGCCAGGACCCCCCUCCCACAGAGGGGGACGCAAAGGAGCCAGAUCUGUGGGUUUGGUCUACUGAAGGAGAGAAGUCACCAUUGGUCAUUGUGCUGCAGCCCGAACACACACAUACAGUGACCGAGAAAAAGACACAUGGUGCAGAAAUAAAUGGAAAGGACGCUGAAAACUUCAUUGGGACGCAGCAGGAAGGGAGGGAGGAGCCAACAUUCCUUUCAAAGAAUGUGUCAGGUGUGCGAAGGACACACCAGAAACAGAAGAGGAGAGACAAGGAAGGGGGAAAAGGAGAAGAGAAGACAAUUGAGGAGAGGGACGAGCGAGGGGAAGAGGGGAGGAGAAGGAGGAGAGGAGGCCUGAAACACAAGGAGUCAGUGGCUGGUAACCCAGAGGACCCUCUAAAGGAAGAGGAGGUGCAAAUCAGCCAGGAUAUGCACCCAGGGUCUCACGUGACGAUCGAGAAAAGGCCCUCGGCAACACCGAGUCCCAACCACGAUGCAACAACAGAUGCACAGGAGGAGGACACGGAGCAUCUUUCCACCGCCCAAUCCGAGACGAGCUCAAGGAGGUCGGAGGUCGCCAGGAGGACUCGGCAGGAGGAAGAGGAGGCUGCAGCUCAGCGUCUGGCCCACAGAACACAGAGAAAGAGGCAGGAGGUGGUGAGGAAGAGGAGGGAGCGGGAGGAAGAGCAGAGGAAGCAGCAGGAGAGGAAGGAGGCCGAGGAAAAGGUUAAGAGCGAGGAGGAGGAGAGGAGGAGCAGGGCUGAGGAUUUCAGGCUGAUGAAGCUGGCGGAGGAGGAGGAGGAGAGGUGGAAGUGCGAGGAGGAGGAGGAGCAGGCGCAGAGAGAAGGAGAGAGGAGAAGGCAGGAGGAGAUGAGGCGUCAGAUGGAGCGUCUCCAGAAGAUGAAGGAGGAUGAAGAACAGAGGAGUGAAGCUGAAUGCCAGCGCCCGGAAGAGGAGAGGAGGCAGGAGGAGGACAAAAAGAAGCUCCAGGAGAUGGAUGAGGGCGAGCGGAUGGAGUACCUCUGCAGGAAGGAGCAGGAAGAGGAAAAGAGGAGGAACAGACAGGAGGAGCGUAAGAGGAGAGAGGAGGCCGGGCCACAGGUGGAGCUUCUUUCCAGACAGACAGCGCUGCUGCAGCAGCCGUCUGCCUUUAAGAGGGGUCUUGUGUUAGAGGCCGGGCGUCUUGAGAAAACACAGUGUAUCUCCAGACCGUGGAUCUUCUCCUAUUUCCCUUUGUGACAGCUACUGGG